UGCAAACAAAUGAGCAGCUCGCUUAGGGGGAGCAGCCAUCUGGAGGUUCAAAAAUCAAAUUAGAGCUCGCCGACUCAGCCGUCCGAGCGAAAGCGAAGCGCGGCCCAACUCCCUCGCCAAACGCUCCUGGUGGUCUCCUCCGCCUCCCCCACGCCGGCACCCCUUGUAGUUGUAGACGACCUCGGCGCCGGCGACGCCAUGGCGGCGGCGCAGCCGAAGCCGGCCAAGAGGCUGGGCGGCAUGGCGGAGGCGCUCGCCAUCGCCGCCGACCUCGGAUUCCCCGCCCCUACCACGCAGGAAGAUCAGACUAGCUCUGACAAAAGCGAUGAUUUGGUGAAAGUUCUGAGAGAACUGACUGUCGUGCAGAGGAACAUUGCCAACUUGCAAGUGGAGCUACAAGGAAGAAAGGAUGAUAAAAACAUUGCUCAUUUGACUCAUGUGAGUGAGAUGGAAAAGAAGUGUGAAUCUUUGGCCAGAAUAACUACUAUAUUGAAAGAUGUAAUUCAGAACAAGGAUCGCAUUAUUGCUCGGCUGCAACAACCUUAUUCCCUUGACUGCAUACCAGUUGAAGCUGAAUACCAGAAACAAUUCUCGGAGCUACUUCUGAAAGCAGCAAGUGACUAUGGGGCAUUGACAGCAUCAGUUGGUGAUUUCCAGUGGAGUCAAAACUUUAGAGAGUCACCAGCUGUCUGGGGGGAAAUGCUGCGACCGAUUCCUGCUGCACUUGCUUCCUGCACCCGGUUCUUCGAGGCCAUGUCCGCGAUGAGGGAAUCCUUCUCUACUCUUCAGAAACUACGUGUUGGCCAUUCCUCUCUGGCACUGACCCCAAGUGGCUCCAGUGACGAUUCGAAGUUCUUGACGCCGCCUCAGUGGAGAGACGGCGGCUCAAUGCUCGACAGCUGGAAGCAAGUGGAGGACAUGAACCCCGAGAGCGAUGGACUUGCUGACGCCAUGAACCAGAGGAGGCUGUCUUGGCCUGCCAUCAAGAGGGACCCGUAGCUAGGUCGCAGCUCACCCAUCAAACUUAGGUUCCAUGUUGUAUAAAUAGGAUUCCAACUUGUCUAGUUGUCCUUGAUUCUCUGAAUGUCUGUUUUCUGUUUUCGUUCCCAUCACUUGCACCCAUUUGGCAUGUUCGACUUAACUGAGAAAUGUUCUAUAAGUUCCUUAAAUCAAUAUUGUGGCAAAAUUUGAUAUGUUUUAUACUGAUAUAUACUUGUCAAGUGC